AUGGCCCCUUCUCAGCUUAAGCAGCUGAAGGCCUCUCUUCGGGAAAGCGGCAUUCUGGGUCCCCAACAGUCGAAGAAGCAGAAGCAGAAAAAUGCGAAGUCCGGUGCGGCCGCCGCAAACAAAAUACAGCGUAAUGCUGCGCUCGCGGGAAUACGGGAGCGAUUCAAUCCCUUCGAAGUUAAAACGCCUUCAAGGCCUGCAAAAUUCAGUUUUGCUUCGCGAUCGAACCACGAGGCGCCACAGUCCAGACCAGGAGUUACAAAAGGGCUUGGAGAGCAAAGGAGGAAGGAAACACUGCUUAAAGAAAUGCACCGUCGGGGCAAAGUUGGUACACUUCUUGAUCGACGAUUCGGUGAAAAUGAUCCGACAAUGACCCCCGAAGAAAGGGCAGUAGAACGCUUUGCACGAGAGAGUCAGAAGAAACUAAAGAAGGAGUCAGUGUUUAAUCUUGAGGAUGAAGAGGAUGAGAUUGAACUUACGCAUUUGGGGCAAGCUCUAAUCUUUGACAAGGAAGAUGGAGACGAUUUUCAUGAGGACGAUCUGAAUGGUUCUGAUGAAGAUGGAGACUCCGGAAUAGCACGAAAACGGAGGCGCCUGGUUGAAGAAGACGAUAUGGAGGGACUGGCUGACGAUUCAGAGGAGGAGGGGCCACCAGAACGGAAGAAAUCGAAAAAUGAAGUCAUGAAGGAACUCAUCGCAAAGUCAAAAUUUCAUAAAUAUGAGCGUCAAAAGGCGAAGGAGGAUGAUGACGAUUUGCGAGCGACUCUUGAUAAAGGUCUUCCCGAAAUCUUUGAGAUGAUGAGAGGAGUAAAAAAACCUGAGCCGGAAUCCUUGCCAAAACCUGAUCUUAUCGCGACAAUGAAUCCAGAUCGCGCAGCACUCUUAAAUGGAAAGGAUAGAGACCAGGCUGAUAAGGAAUAUGAUCAACGGCUGAAGCAACUGGCGUUCGAGAAACGAGCUAAACCAUUAGACCGUACAAAGACGGAAGAAGAGAGGGCAGAAGAGGAAGCAGAGAAGCUAAAACAACUAGAAAAGGAGAGACUCAGGAGAAUGCAAGGAGAGAAUGACGAAUCAUCCGAGAACGAGGAAAACGCUAGCGAUAGAGAAAUGGGGGAUGAAUCAGAGCGGGACGAUGCGAAGGCAUUUGGAUUAGCUCAGCCCAGUAGCGUGACUGAGCUUGGGGUUGAGGAAGAAGAUGAUUUUAUCAUCGAUAGCGACCUUGUUGAGUCCGAUUCCGAAGCGGAUCUCUCUUUGGACGAGAGUGACAUUGCCAGCUCGGCUGAUGAAGAAGAAUCCGAAGAUAAAGAAGAUGAAUUCAUUGGGAGUUUAGUCCUUCCCCCCGACGCAGAUGAUGGAAAAGGGUUUGCGGACACCAAUGCGGGUCUUUCCACAGUCUCGGGAAAUCGGUCCCUGGCAUAUACAUACCCAUGUCCAGAAAACCAUGAGCAUUUUUUGCAAAUAAUACAGGCUGCCAAAACUGAAGACCUGCCAACCAUUGUCCAGAGAAUCCGAGCUCUCCACCAUCCUCGACUCCACGGCGACAAUAAAUCAAAACUUGCUGCCUUUUCGAAGGUGCUUGUGCAGCAUACUGCGUUCCUGGCUAACCAACCAAACCACCCACCAUUCGCUGUCCUUGAGAAUUUACUGCGACAUAUCCACUCGAUGACCAAAUCUCAACCAGAACCAGUGGCUACUGCGAUGAGAAACCAUCUACGAGAGAUGUCAGACAAUCGCCCUUUGGAAUUGCUACCAGGAGAUCUUGUUAUCUUAACAGGCGUCGCAACCAUAUUCCCCACAUCUGACCAUUUUCAUGCGGUCGUCACUCCAUCCAUGCUUGCAAUGGGUAGAUACCUUGGCCAGAGCAAUAUCACCAACAUUGGCGAUGUUGUGACUGGUGCCUAUAUUGCAACCCUUUGCAUCCAAUAUCAAACUCUAGCUAAGCGAUAUAUACCGGAAUUCAUUAACUACGUGCUAAAUGCGCUAUGUAUCCUAGCGCCCAGCGAACCCCAAACCACAUUUGGGUUCUUUCCCAUUAGAAAACCAACUGCUUCCUUACGAAUAAUAACCCCAUCGAAGCUCUCCUCGUCAGCACCAAUCAGAAAACCUGCAUUUUGGGAUAUUCUCUCCGACUCUUCUGCUGACACAGUUGAGCAAGAAACUAUCAAAUUGUCUUUACUCAGUACCUUUGUCGAUCUCCUCGACCAGGCCGCCGAUCUCUGGACCUCUAAAUCAGCCUUCUGCGACAUUUUUUCCCCAGCCAACCGUGUCCUUAAGCACCUUAGCAAAUCCAUUAACAACAACCUCUCUUCCACACUCUCCGAUCAGCUUCGUAGAAUCUGUGACAAGCUCCAGGCGCUGCUUAAGCAGUCGGACCUCGCCCGCCGCCCUCUUGUACUACACAACCACCGACCUCUCGCGAUUAAAACCGCCAUACCUAAAUUCGAGGAAUCCUUCAACCCGCACCGCCACUACGAUCCUGAUCGUGAACGUGCCAAGCUUAAUAAAUUGAAAGCGGAGCAUAAGCGUGAGCGCAAGGGGGCUAUGCGCGAACUGCGUAAAGAUGCAAACUUCAUUGCGCGCGAAAGUCUCCGUGAGAAGCGCGAAAAGGAUGCGGAGUAUGAGCGCAAGUAUCGUAGACUUGUCGCAGAGAUUCAGGGCGAAGAGGGGAGAGAGGCAAAGGCCUAUGAGAAAGAGAAGAAAGCUAGGAAGGCAAAGAGGUAG